GGAACCGGCAGGUGUGCGUGCCUGGGCGGGCAGCCAGCAUCGCAUCACAGCGGCAGGCUGAAAAUGCACCGAUCGAACAUGUAACUUCCACGAAUCCGGUCUUCUUCUCCCACACCUGAACUCUCGGCAUCCGUGGCGUGACCUGCAGGAAAAGGUGCAGCUAAGGAGGAGCGAGGGGGGAAAAAAAAAAAUUAAAAUUAAAUAAAUAAAUUAAAAAAAAAACAACGAUGCUUUCGGGCUGGUGCGGAUGUGCUGCUGCGGAAGCUCACAUGACGACGGGCCGUUUUUGCACCAUUCCCCACGCAAACCGCGCGGGGAAAUGAGAAGAAGGACCUCCUUUGAUUGGCGCCUGUCGAGAUGGUGGUCACAAUCCUCCAGGGUUAGUGAGAGGAAAUCAUGACUGGUUUCAUGUCGCCGGUUUUUCCAAAGGGAAUUAUUAGAUGAAACACUGUGUGCACAGUUAUUAGGCAGGACAGAGCAUGUCAUCUGCAUCCGUUCACAGAAUCCUACGACCCCUUCUUCUUGCCACCUUCAUCCUGGGAUGCUUUGUGACUUUGUUUUUGAUGUAUUUUAAACCAUCCACCCGUUGGCUAUCGGGUCCCGUCGAGUCAACGGCGUCCACCGAGCGGGUCAAAGGCAUUUUCUACGCCAAGAGCGAUAAAAAUGUCACCACGGUGCUCAUCUGGCUCUGGCCCUUCGGACAGACCUACGACCUGAACGUGUGCGGCUCGCUCUUCAACAUGGAGGGCUGCUUUAUCACGGCUGACAGGAACCUCUACAACAAGUCGGACGGCGUCCUCAUCCAUCACCGGGACAUCUGCUCGGACUUGUCCAAUAUGCCGCCGCUGCAGCGUCCGUCUUUUCAAAAGUGGAUCUGGAUGAAUUUGGAGUCUCCGUCUCACUCUUCUCAGCUGUCCGGCAUUGAGAAUCUGUUCAACCUAACCCUCAACUACCGCCGGGAUGCCGACAUUGAAGUGCCUUACGGGUCCAUCGUGGCUGCCGAGGGCGAGGAAGACUUCGUCCCGCCCAGCAAAAACAAGCUGAUCUGCUGGAUCGUGAGCAACUGGAACCAAGAGCAUGUGCGGGUCAAGUAUUACAACGAGCUAUACAAACACAUCGAGGUCCACGCCUACGGACAAGCCUUCGGGGAGUACAUCUCGGACCAGGACUACUUCCCCACCAUGGCCAGCUGUAAGUUCUACCUGGCUUUCGAGAACUCCAUCCACAAGGACUACAUCACAGAGAAACUCUACAACCCACUUUCCGUGGGGACGGUGCCCGUGGUGCUGGGCCCGUCGCGACAGAACUACGAGAACUUCGUCCAAGGGGACGCCUUCAUCCACGUGGACGACUUCUCGUCGCCCAAGGAGCUGGCCGACUACCUGCUGCUCCUGGACAAAAACGAGGAUAUGUACCUCAGGUACUUUGAGUGGCGGCGGCACUUUAAAGUGAAAAAAGCGUUGUUCUGGGCCGAGCACACGUGCCUGGCUUGUGAUUACCUGCGCAGGCACAGGGAGUACAAGACGGUCAACAACCUGGAAAAGUGGUUCUGGGGCUGAGACAGCUUUGCAGGACUGUUCAGUUUUUGUGUCGCUGACCUCAUUUUAGGUUUUUAUUCAUUAUAAUUUUUUAUCAUGAGCCAUUUUCGCCUCGCCUUAGUCUUUUUUUGGGCCUUUUUGUGUUGCUGUGGUCCCUGCCAAAGGUCCGUAUGCGAGAUUUGUUUCUCCAGCCACAAGAUUCAGACUUUUCAGCAUAUAUUGCAAGUGUCAUUUCCAACUUCAUAGGCUGUUGCCCCUGCGACCAAACCCUGGAUAAACAAAAAUAACGGAUGGAUGGCACUGUUCUACAUUUUUGACAGGGGUAUGUCAGACUUGGGUAGGAGAUCCUUCUAGUCUAAGGCAUACUUGCCAACCCUCCUGAUUUUCCCGAGAGAAUCCCCAAUUUCAGUGCCCCUCCCGAAAAUCUCCCGGGGCAACCAUUCUCCCUGAUUUCUCCCGAUUUCCACCCGGACAACAAUAUUGGGGGCGUGUCUUAGCGUCCUUAGCGUCCUCUUCAACCUGUCGUCAUGUCCGCUUUUCCUCCUUACAAACAGUCACAUUAUAUAUGAGUUUUAACACACACACAUAAGUGAAUGCAAGGCACAUUUGGUCAACAGCCAUACAGGUCACACUGAGGGUGCCCGUAUAGAAAACUUUAACACUGAUACAAAUAUGCGCCACACUGUGAACCCACACCAAACAAGAAUGACAAUUACAUUUCGGGAGAACAUCCGCACUGUAACACGACAUAAACACAACAGGGGGCGGCACGGCGUAGUGGGUAGAGCGGCCGUGCCAGAAACCUGAGGGUGGCAGGUUCGCUUCCCACCUAUCGACACCCAAAUAAAUCGCUGCCGUUGUGUCCUUGGGCAGGACACUUCACCCUUGCCCCCGGUGCCGCUCACACUGGUGAAUGAAUGAUGAAUGAAUGAAUGAUUGGUGGUGGUUGGAGGGGCCGUAGGCGCAAACUGGCAGCCACGCUUCCGUCAGUCUACCCCAGGGCAGCUUUGGCUACAGAUGUAGCUUACCACCACCAGGUGUGAAUGAAUGAUGGGUUCCCACUUCUCUGUGAGCGCUUUGAGUAUCUAACAAUAGAAAAGCGCGAUAUAAAUCUAAUCCAUUAUUAUUAUUAUUAACAGAACAAAAACCCAGAACCCCUUGCAGCACUAACUCUUCCGGGGCGCUAUAAUAUACAACCCCCCCACACCCCAUCUCCCAAAUUCGGAGGUCUCAAGGUUGGCAAGCAUGGUCUAAGGUUACUUUGUGGGUGGAGACAACAAGCUGUGACUAUGUUUAUAUAAUCAUUUCCAAAUUUCCAAAUGCACGUUCUGUACAUAUUUUUUGGACCAUUCUUCAUUUUGCUACUACGACAACGGUGUGUUUAAGUCUGAAUGCUUAAAUGUAAGACAAAACAAGAUGUUUUUUUUAUUUUCCACCGAUGACCAUGUAGUGUCUCUUUUUGUGUCCGACUGACAAAACUAACAAAAAAAAAAAAGGGAAACUCGAUACGGUAUUUAUCCGAGUGAGACUUCACAAUGAACACCCGCGCUUGUGAUUGACGUCACCUAUGCAGUGUUGACUGAGCUCAAGUGUCAUGCAUCUGUACUGUAGCGCACUUUUUCACGUCACACCGUUUUCUCCGUGCACUUUAUUUUAUUUUAUUUUAUUUUUUACACGAUCCGCAGCCUUAACAUUAGGUACACAUACAGUUGUGAUCAAAAUGAUUCAACCCCCACACAAUUUUGGUGUUUUAGCAAGUUGAACAUCAAUUCCGUAUUUUGUUUAUAGUCAUAUCAAAUAAAGAUGUGUCAAAUUGACAAAUGCAACUUAAAUUGUAACACCGUAUUUUACAAAAUACCAAAAAAGGACAUUUUUCUUAAUAUCUCAUUGACAAAAUGAUCCAACCCCCUAGUUCCAUGCAUCUUUAGUACUUAGUAGAACACCCUUUGGCAGUAAUGACAUCCUUCAAAGGUGAUACAUAAGCGGACACAAGCUUCUUGCAAGCAUCUACAGCAGGGGUGCCCACACUUUUUCUGCAGGCGAGCCACUUUUCAAUCGACCAACUCGAGGGGAUCUACCUCAUUUAUAUAUAUCAUUUAUAUUUAUUUAUUUAUGAAAGAGACAUUUUUGUAAACAAGUUAAAUGUGUUUAAUGAUAAUACAAGCAUGUGUAACACACAAAGACAAGAAUAUAAGUUGGUGUAUUACCUGAUUCUGAUGACUUGCAUUGAUUGGAAUCAGACAGUAAUGAUGAUAACGCCCACAUUUUCAAAUGGAGGAGAAAAAAAGUUGUCCUUUCUGUACAAUACCACAUGAAAGUGGUUGGUUUUUGGCAUCUAAUUCAUCCAGCUUCCAUACACUUUACAAGAAAAACUUUGGCGGCAAAUUCCGUAGCUUGCUUGAUUGACAUUCACGGCACC